CGGCCGCUGCCUGGAGACGGCGGGAGCGCUCUAAAGAUGGCGGCCGGGCCCAUCUCGGAGCGGAACCAGGAUGCCACCGUCUACGUGGGGGGCCUGGACGAGAAGGUGAGCGAGCCGCUGCUAUGGGAGCUGUUCCUGCAGGCGGGGCCGGUGGUCAACACGCACAUGCCCAAGGACCGGGUGACCGGGCAGCACCAGGGCUACGGCUUCGUGGAGUUCCUGAGCGAAGAGGAUGCCGACUAUGCCAUCAAGAUCAUGAACAUGAUCAAGCUGUACGGGAAGCCUAUCCGGGUGAACAAGGCGUCAGCUCACAACAAGAACCUGGACGUGGGGGCCAACAUCUUCAUCGGCAAUCUGGACCCCGAGAUCGACGAGAAGCUAUUGUACGAUACUUUCAGCGCCUUCGGGGUCAUUUUGCAAACGCCCAAGAUCAUGCGGGACCCUGAUACGGGCAACUCCAAAGGUUAUGCCUUUAUCAAUUUCGCCUCGUUCGACGCUUCCGAUGCUGCCAUCGAGGCCAUGAACGGGCAGUACCUGUGCAACCGCCCCAUCACCGUGUCCUACGCCUUCAAGAAAGACUCGAAGGGCGAGCGGCAUGGCUCUGCAGCCGAGCGACUCCUGGCAGCCCAGAACCCGCUUUCUCAAGCCGACCGCCCUCACCAGCUGUUCGCAGAUGCUCCCCCACCACCCUCAGCUCCCAAUCCUGUGGUGUCAUCACUGGGGUCUGGACUCCCUCCACCAGGCAUACCUCCUCCUGGAUCCUUCCCACCUCCAGUGCCGCCUCCUGGAGCCCUUCCUCCUGGCAUCCCCCCAGCAAUGCCCCCACCGCCGAUGCCUCCCGGAGGACAUGGCCCCCCCUCGGCUGGCACACCAGGGGCAGGGCACCCCGGACACGGACAUUCUCAUCCUCACCCAUUCCCACCAGGUGGGAUGCCCCAUCCAGGGAUGUCUCAGAUGCAGUUGGCCCAUCAUGGCCCUCAUGGCUUAGGACACCCACAUGCAGGUCCCCCAGGCUCAGGGGGACAGCCACCACCCCGACCACCGCCUGGAAUGCCUCAUCCUGGACCUCCUCCCAUGGGCAUGCCCCCUCGAGGGCCUCCAUUUGGAUCUCCCAUGGGUCAUCCGGGUCCUAUGCCUCCACAUGGUAUGCGUGGACCCCCUCCACUGAUGCCCCCUCAUGGAUACACGGGCCCUCCAAGACCCCCACCCUACGGCUACCAGCGGGGCCCCCUGCCUCCACCCAGACCCACUCCUCGUCCCCCAGUCCCUCCUCGUGGCCCACUUCGAGGCCCUCUCCCACAGUAAUAUUUUAUUUUUCCUCUCAAUAUCUUUCCAACUCUUUGGACCAAUCAGAGUUGCUGGUGCUCCCUGGGGCUAAGGCACUAAUUUCUCUGAGGUCUUCUUUUUUUAAGAAUAAUUUUUUUCCACCAGAGGAUUUUUUUUUCCUUGUGUUGGUCUUAAGUGUUUUUUGCUAAUGCACAGAGAAAAUAAACUAGAUUCCUUGUUUAA